AUGGACGGCGCGAUGGAAGUCGACUCUCCUGACCAACGGGGAACCAAACGCCCUGUUGAGGAAACGGAGUCAUCUGAGCCAGCCCGGCCAAAGCGAAUCAAGGCCCUCGAUCCCGAUGUCGUCAAUAAAAUCGCCGCCGGGGAAAUCAUCGUUGCCCCGAUGCACGCGUUGAAGGAGUUGAUCGAAAACGCCGUCGAUGCGGGCUCCACCUCUCUCGAAGUACUAGUCAAAGAUGGAGGAUUGAAACUACUUCAAAUCACGGAUAAUGGGCAUGGGAUUGAUCGCGAGGACCUUCCCAUUCUCUGCGAGAGAUUCACCACAUCCAAAUUGAAAGAAUUCGAGGAUCUGACUUCCAUUGGCACGUACGGUUUUCGCGGCGAGGCUCUCGCCAGUAUAAGCCAUAUCGCCCAUCUCACGGUCACAACCAAAACUGCUGGGUCGAGCUGUGCCUGGCGUGCACAUUAUGGUGAUGGAAAACUGGUUCCUGCGAAGCCUGGACAGAAUGCAGCCCCGAAAGCCACUGCUGGACGUGGGGGAACGCAGAUAACAGUCGAAGACCUUUUCUACAAUAUUCCCACUCGACGCCGUGCUUUCCGCUCUGCAAGCGAGGAGUACGCUAAGAUACUCGACGUGGUCGGCCGCUACGCAGUACACUGCGCUGGUGUCGCCUUUUCCUGUCGCAAACACGGCGAUUCAGGUGUGAGCAUAUCAACUCCAUCAAGUGCCACCACAGUCGAUCGGAUCCGUCAAAUACACGGCAGUGCUGUUGCAAAUGAACUAGUGAAAUUUGAGAUUGCUGAGAAGAAGCUUGGUUUUCAAGCCUCCGGGCUUGCCACUAAUGCGAACUACCAUGUCAAGAAGACCGUCAUACUGCUCUUCAUCAACCAUCGCGCAGUGGAGUCAACGGCCGUUAAACGCGCGGUCGAACGGACCUAUUCUGCCUUCUUACCGAAAGGCGGACACCCAUUUAUCUAUCUCGAUCUGGAAAUUGAACCUCAACGUGUUGAUGUCAACGUUCACCCCACUAAACGAGAGGUCAACUUUCUCAAUGAAGAAGAAAUUAUCGAGAUGGUGUGCAGUGAAAUCAGAUCCAAGCUCGCUCAGGUUGAUGAAAGUCGAACGUUCCUAACACAAACCUUGUUACCUGGGGUUCAAAUUGAAACAAUCCAACCAGGCCCCGAAAGUGCACUAUCUGGCGAAGGUGUUGCGAGUAACAAAACAGCAAGCACUCCCAAAACACCAGCAACCUCUAAACGACCAUAUGAGAACAACCUCGUCCGUACGGAUUCAAAAGUCCGCAAAAUCACAUCAAUGAUCACCCAAGCUCCUAUAUCAUCUCCCUCUCAUCUUGGGGCGUCCGCUGAAGCUGGUGCUUCGGCCUCUUCUAUACUAGAUGACGGCCUCCUAUAUGAAACAACUGAUCGUCAGCCCCUUCGCAUCGCCCUCUCCUCCAUCAAAGCUCUUCGCAGCUCAGUACGCGCUGCCAUGCAUAAUACAUUAACGGAGAUGUUCGCAUCGCAUACCUACGUCGGCCUUGUAGAUGAACGACGGCGCCUGGCGGCAGUUCAAUCCGGAGUGAAACUCUAUUUGGUCGACUACGGGCUCGCCUGCAACGAAUUCUUUUAUCAAGUUGGAUUAACGGACUUUGGCAACUUCGGAGUCAUCAAAUUAGACCCGCCACCAAAGCUCGUGGAUAUUCUAAAGAUCGCAGCUGAAUCAGAGCAACAAGCGCAUCCCACUGAGACCGACGAUGAGUCUCAAGCAAUAUUUUCCAAUGCCGCAGAUGUCGUAGCGCGCAGUCUGAUCGAACGUCGAGAAAUGCUUGAUGAAUAUUUUUCCAUGCAGAUCAGCCCUGAGGGUGAGCUGCUCACAAUUCCGCUCCUACUGAAGGGAUAUGUUCCUUCGCUAGCAAAAUUACCACGAUUUUUGCUCCGGCUCGGACCAUACGUGGAUUGGUCUGGGGAGGAAGAGUGUUUCCGAACUUUCUUACGAGAACUCGCAGCCUUUUACACGCCAGAACAACUUCCCACCCCUCCGAAUACACCAGUUUCCAACGACGCAGAGGACACAAAUCCCGGCGAUGCAGCUACAGCACAAGAAGACCCUCUGAUUCAACCACGCCGGCAACAAAUGGCGCGAAUGUUGGAAUAUGCCGUAUUCCCUGCCAUACGUUCUCGACUUGUGGCUACGUCACGAAUGUUACAGGGUGUGGUGGAAGUUGCAGACCUGAAGGGACUUUACAGGGUAUUUGAGCGGUGCUAA